CAGGAGCUGACAUAUUUUCAGUACCGCCUUACUAAUUAUCGUUUUCCUUGUUGUAGUAAUAAUAUUUUCAUCUGCGAUCUAUCUGAUUCGCGAUGUCGGGGGCAAGGCAUUGGGAGCAGGACAAAGAGGCGACGGUAUACGUUGGAAAUCUAGAUGAGCGCGUGACAGACAGCCUAGUAUGGGAGCUAAUGCUUCAAGCCGGCCGCAUUGUUAACGUCCAUCUCCCGAAAGACCGAGUUACCCAAACACAUCAAGGGUAUGGUUUCGUCGAGUUUAUCAGCGAAGAAGACGCUGAAUAUGCGUCGCGCAUUAUGAAUCAGGUGCGCCUUUAUGGUAAACCGAUUCGAGUCAAUAAGGCGUCUGCGGACAAACUGAAGGCCAUUGAAGUCGGCGCGGAGCUUUUCGUCGGGAAUUUGGACCCGAUGGUUACAGAGCAGGUUUUAUACGAUACUUUUAGCAGAUUUGGGCCUUUAAUAUCAAUGCCAAAGGUCGCUCGGGAUGAUGCCAAUCUCUCAAAGGGCUACGGAUUCGUUUCGUUCGCUAAUUUCGAGGCGUCAGACGAUGCUAUUGCUAAUAUGAACGGACAAUAUCUUAUGAACAAGGAGAUAUCUGUUCAAUAUGCUUACAAGAAAGAUGGAAAGGGAGAGCGACACGGAGACCAAGCAGAGAGAAUGCUCGCCGCCCAAGCCCGCAAGCACAAUGUCCAGCCACAAACUCAAGUUUUACCACCCCACGUACCAGGCGGGCAUGCACCGCCGAUGGCUCCUGCACCAGCUGUGAAUGGAGAUAUAAGCCGCCCCGUCAGCACAGGCCCGCCAGAUUUUGGAGCUGGGAGAGGCGUCCCUGCGCCCAAUGCGCCAUAUGGGAAUAUGCCGCCUCAACCACCUCACCGGCCGGCCCCUCCACCACAACCUCUUACGGCACCAUUAGGCACGCCGCCUGCUGGGCUACCCGCUCGGCCUCCACCGUCUCAAGCCGGCUAUGGCGGGCCACCUCCAGGUUUUGCUCCACCUCGGGGGUUUGGCCAGCCUGCUCCGCCUCCUGGGUUUGGCGCUCCUCCAGUUGGUACACAUGGUCCUCCGCCGGGACAAUUACCACCGGGAUUCCAGCAACCAGGGUAUGGAAGGGGUCGAUGAGAGGCUCAGCGAUGAUUCACAGCAUAAGUGUAAACAUUUUAAGGUCAUAUCGAACGUCUAAUGGGGAGCGAUAUCUGCCGCCUGCCGCCGAACCUUCAGCGCCUCAUUUCGCGGUUGAAUUUGCGAUUAAAUCGAGCAUACGGAGUAUGCAGCCAUGAGACAAGUCUGUUUUGCCACGUUGGAAGCGAAGCGUAUUGCGCGAGAUGAAUGAAUCCACGGUAUCUCCAUUAGCGAGAGAUCGCGAGGGGAAAUUGGAUGAUAUAACAAAACAUUUCGGGCGACUGGAUUUGAGAACUAGCGCGGUCUCGGCGCAAAACGCUGCAAAGAAAUUGUGACAAUAGGAAAUAUACGAGCGAUGCAUAUCUCAUUAGUGUGAGGAGAUAUAG